AUGCUGAUUGCAUCAACAGGGGGUAUAUCCUUCUUCUCCCCUCGCUUCGGCAUGGUCUGCGACAAUGUCGACUCUUACGAGAUCGUACUCGCGAACAGCAGUAUCGUCCACGCCACCGCCCAAUCCCACCCAGACCUCUGGCGCGCCCUCAAAGGCGGCACAGGAAACUUCGGCAUCGUCACAAAAGUCACAACAAAAGUCUUCCCCUCCGCACAAAUCUGGUCCGGCUACGCCUACUACCCCAAUUUCCAAGCCUCAAAAGUCCUCCGCGCAUUCCACUCUUUCAACCAACCCUCUAACUUCGACGCCUACGCCGGAGGUCCUCUCACAGCAUUCGCCUACGCCCGUGAUCUAGGUCUUCGACUAACUGUCCAGCAACUCUCGUACACAAAACCCACACCCUGGGCUCCCGUCUUCGAACCAUUCAAAGCCAUUUCCUGGCGUAUCUGGACAACCCUCAAAAUCCAAUCUCUCACUUUAGCGACUGAAGAACUCCACGGUAUGGCACCUCUAGGAGAUCGACAGUUUCAAAUCACUUUGACGAUCAAGAACGAUCUGGACACGAUGGAAACCAUGCGACAAAUCUUCAACGAACAGAUGAAAAGAAUCAAAAGCGUUAAAAGAUCUGUUUGGAGUCUUGUCUUUCAACCUCUUUCUGCUGCUAUGAUGAGGAAAGGAAGUCUGAAUGUUCUCGGGUUAGAGACUCGACAUGCGAAUGAUACGUUGAUUAUUGCAUUAUUGUGCGUAUCGUGGCGGGAUAAGAAGGACGAUGAAUUAGUCGAGCAAGUUUCACGAGAUAUCUCGAAACUCAGCGAAGACUAUGCGCGGGAGAAAGGGACCCUGGAUCCGUAUCUCUAUCUCAAUUAUGCGGCGAGCGGACAGGAUGUUUUCGCUGGGUAUGGUCAGGGAAGGAAAGAGUUCAUGCAAGAAGUGAGUAGGAAGUAUGAUCCUGAAGGCUUCUUACAGGUUGUGAAGCAGGGAGGGUUCAAGUUAGAUAUGUUUUGAGCGGGUUUAGAGGCGAAUACGAGUUCGAUAGGCUUGCAGUGCGAG